AUGCACCUCUCAUUCCUUUUGGGUGUCUUGACUACCCUGAUCGUGCUUCUUGGUACGACUUUCGCUGAGGUGGAGGCCUGCGGUGUUCUCCCCGUCACAACUGUCACCAAGAUUGUCUACCCUACCACUGAGACUACAGCUUCGCAGACUGAAUCCACUGGUACGGCUACGGUUUCUCAGGUCUCGACUUCGGUUCUUGAUUUCGGCUUUGUCUUCAACGUCGUCUUCGGCUUCCGCUUCGGAGUCGUCUUCGGUAUCUUCGGCGUUUUCUUCAUCGCUGUCUUCAUCGCUGUCUUCAUCGCUGUCUUCAUCGCUGUCUUCAUCGUCGUCUUCAUCGUCCUCUUCAUCGUCGACUUCGACUUCGACUUCCUCCGAAUCGAAGACUUCAUCUACUAUCGAAACAACUACGCCAUUCAAUGCCAGUUUGCACACAAUACUCACUUUCUCCCGAACGGAUACGGACAAAACCUAGCCGCAAGUGGUCCCACGGCUAGUCUCUCGGAACACAUUUCUGAUUUCUGGUACAACGACGAGAUAGAAUAUUUCGAAUCUCACUACGGCGAACCUAAUCCUGGUGGAAAUUUUGAUAGUUAUGGCCAUUUUACACAGGUCAUUUGGAAAGGGUCUACAAGUGUGGGAUGUGCUACACAGGACUGUACAUCCACACCUUUGCAGAUGUGGUUUACUGUGUGCAACUAUGAUCCCCCUGGCAACUUUCUUGGUCAGUUUAAUAACAAUGUGAUGAGACCCAAAGGAUUGCCAACGGAGAAAGGCAAUGGGGAUCUGAUCAAAGCUAAUUCCUGGUACUGA